ACAAGACAAAGAAUUUUAGAUUUAUUGCAGAAGUCACUGGCAUGACUAUCGAACAAAAUAAAAUCAAUUAGAAGCAUACAGUUCCUAAAAUAGCAAAGCUAUGACAGUAGACAAAAAGAACUUUUAUAUACCAAUACUAAUUGAGAGAAUUGGUUUCAAAAUUUUCUUUUCUUGACUUAAACUGGAAUCUUACCAUAGAGAUCUUCUGAUCAAGGCAUAAGUGUAACUGUAAGUGUCAGUCACACAGGAUCUAAUGUUCUUAUUUGAAUUAUUCGCAUGACCUUUGAGGAGAUUGGCUUUUUCACUUUAUAGCAUAAUCCGUUGCUUAACAGCAAAGAACACAGACAUUUCCUCUGAUUUCAGCUAUCUUGUAGGAUGACGACUUUGCAUUUUUGUAGAUUUAUCUAGCACAUCAAAGAGACAGAAAAUGCCCAUGCAUAUGAGGAAGAAGUGGUCGAGGGGCCACUUUUUAUUAAUACAUUUCUAUAAGAAUGGUGAUAUCUUUUGUAUCUGCUAGCUGUAAGAGAGAUUUUUUUUUCAAGAAAAAAGGGGAAAAAAUCUUAUUUCGUUGGUUUCUAUACAGAACUUUUGUUUUCAUAUUAUAAAGAAUUUGAUUAUCGUUAAUAACAAUGAGGAUUGCAUAACUGACAUAGUCAGAGAAGGACCUUGUGUUCCUAAGCUAAUUAGUAAUUGUGAAUAACAGUGUUGAUUAGUCGUCGUUGAAAGAGGUAAUGUUGUUAGUCAAGAGCAGGGUAACCCCAUCGUCAAAACUCAAAAGUGAUGGCAUCGGAUGCAACAGUUAAUUCGGUUAGUGAGGUGAACAAUGCUCCCAAUCCUAGAAAAUCUGAAGGCCCUUCCUCUACUCCGUCUCCCACCACUUCCCUUCUUCUCUCCGCCGCCACUAGCACUGCUUGUGGCGCCCUCACCGGCUCCCUUUUCGGCUACGGUGCUGGAUUGAUUAAGAAGAAAGGCUUUAAAGGAUCCUUUAUGGAAGCAGGAUCUCAGGCUAAGACUUUUGCAGUUCUAUCUGGAGUUGAUAGUUUGGUUGUCUGCAUCUUUGGAAGACUUCGAGGAAAGCAUGAUGCCAUUAACGCUGGGCUAGCUGGAUGUUGCGCUGGUCUUGCUACAAGUUUUCCAGGUACACCCCAAGCUCUUAUACUGAACUGCCUCACCUAUGGGGCUUUUUCUUUUAUGAUUGAAGGGGUAACCAAGAAACGAUCAGCACUUGCAUACCCCAUGUCCAAGAAAACAAGUGCAUAAUUCCUACAUCUCAUUGAGAAACAGGGGUAUGCUGCUUUUUUUGCAUCAUUAAGAUAAGGUGUAUAGCAUAUAUAUAUGCACCUUUCUUUUGCCUUUCUUGUAGCCUUUAUGAACAAUUCUAGAGAUAAUAGGGGUGAUGUACGAUACAUUGUAACAAGGACAUGGCUUGUUUGUAUGCUAUUAAUUUCUGAUCGAGUUUCAAAUAUGGCAUGUUGAUUGCACCAUAUGUUCUUUA